AUGUCAUUUAUAUAUUAUCUUAAAUGUCUUCUUCAUCUUACACCAAAAUAUGACCAAUCUUUAAUUAUUCGUGAUGUAGCGUAUUUUUCUGGAUCGGAUGCACACGUUGAUAAUAAACUGGAUAUUUUUCUUCCUUUUCCGAAGGUAGAUUCUUCAGUGGUAACAUCCGAUGAACAACAAGACACAAGCAAAAAGAGAAUUCCUAUUAUUGUUCAUAUUCCCGGUGGUGGUUGGAUUCGUGGUAGUCCAACUGUUGGUCGAACGUGUGCUCGUGAAGGUUUCAUCGGUGUUGUUGUUUCUUAUCGGUUAGCGCGUAGAUCUCUCCUAUCAUUUCUGGCUUGA